CCCCAGCUGCCCCGUAUGCCGGCACCUAGCAUAAAGACGCUCAUCGCAUCUUGAUUUCCGGCGGAUUUUCGCAACUCGAUCCUUUCUGACACGCCGUAGGCAAUGGCGCCACCGAGAGCGCCUACCCCGUCGACAAAGUACUUCUGGGGCGACUUCCCGGAGCCCGACGAGUACUACGCCUCGCUGGGGCUCCGCCACAGCGAGUCCUACUACCAGUCCCCCAGCGGCCGCCUCUUCACCCACUCCUUCCACCCGCUCUCCGCCGACGUGAAGGCCGUCGUGUUCAUGACGCACGGAUACGGCUCCGACUCGUCCUGGCUCUUCCAGCACAUCGCCAUCAGCUACGCGCAGUGGGGGUACGCCGUCUACUGCGCCGACCUCCUCGGCCACGGCCGCUCCGACGGCGUCCACGGCUACCUCGGCGACAUGGAGUCCGUGGCCAGGGCGUCCCUCUCCUUCUUCCUCUCCGUCCGGAAGGCCGCCGCCUACGCGCCGCUCCCGGCCUUCCUCCUCGGCGAGUCCAUGGGCGGCGCAGCCACGCUGCUCAUGUACCUCCGCUCCCCGCCGGACGCCGGGUGGACGGGGCUAAUCUUCUCCGCGCCGCUGUUCGUCAUCCCGGACGGUAUGUACCCGUCCCGCCUGUGGCUGUUCCUCUACGGCCUCCUCCUCGGGUUCGCCGACACGUGGGCCGUGCUCCCGGACAAGAGGAUGGUGAGCAGGGCGAUCCGGGACCCGGAGAAGCUCAAGGUCAUCGCCUCCAACCCGAGGCUGUAUCGCGGGGCGCCACGGGUGGGCACGAUGCGGGAGCUGGCCCGCAUAACGGAACUGCUCCAGGAGAGCUUCGGGGAGGUGACGGCGCCGUUCCUCACGCUGCACGGCACCGACGACGGACUCGCCGCGCCGGAGGGGUCCAAGAUGCUGUACGACCGCGCGCCGAGCGAGGACAAGUCGCUCAUACUAUACGAAGGGAUGUACCACUCGCUCAUCCAGGGGGAGCCGGACGAGAGCCGCGAUCGCGUGCUCGCUGACAUGCGCGCCUGGAUCGACGAGCGCGUCCGCCGCUACGGCAGCUAGCGCUUCCGUCCCCGCACCGGCCUAGAACGACGGCGCAAAGGAGGUGGCGAUGGCUAACGUACUGUGUCUUAGACCUCAUGUAGCCAUGUUUAUCUUUCUUUCAAGCAAGCCCAUGGUGGCGCGAUCCAGCCGCGAGCUCGUCCUCGGCGGCCGCCCCGGGCCCCGAUCCAAGGGGGGCCCAAAUCUGGACUAGCUUAGGCAUACGCGGAGGCGCCGGAAGUCAAGUUGUUGCGCCGCCGCCAUUAGAGCAGUUCGAGAGUUCUUCUCUCGUAUGGUUCUGGACAAGGACGAAGAGACAUGCUAUGUCUGAAUCUGGGUCUUUUUUCUUCAUCUAGUUGGGCCUUAUUCCCGUAUGGUUAGUCAGGGCUCUUUUUGUAAAUUCAGUUAGCUAUGAAUUAAGUGGCGUGUGUGGCCUCUA